AAUUGAGUGAUUGUUUGACACCACGAGUCAUAUGAGAGACAUGUCUUCGCCAGCAACUGAUCCACAACUGGUUAAGUACUAUCCGUUCCGUUCAGUCAUCGAAACGGGAUUUUGGCACUCAUUGGCCGCCAAGAAGUUGAAUACCAUUCGCUUGGAUGACAGCCCUAUUGACAUCACUGGCCACUACAGGAACGAUUUGUCAUUAAAUUUGCCGCCACUUCUCAAUGUUAACUACGACUCCUUCCAGAGUACCAUCGAUUCGGGCAAAGAAUGUCACCCAUUGCUCGGUCGACUGAUUGUCACCAAUACUUCUGAAGAGUUUGCCGUCAAAGAUAAGAAACUAUUGAUGAAAGAGUUAGCAAAAGAGAUAUGGAGGGAUAUCACCGAUGGAACCGCUAUUCAAGAUAUGUCUAAAUCGUUGUCAAAGAUUUAAAGAAAUAUAAGUUUCACUAUUGGUUCGCAUUUCCCGGACUCUGUUUCCC